AUGCCGCGGGCCGCGGCCUGCCUGUGGUUCGCGGUGCUGCUUGCAUGGCUGACAGAGGGCUACGCUGCAGGGCAGCAGGAAGCCACGACAGCAGCAGCAGCAGCAGCAGCCGGGCGGCGGCGCCACCCGCGGCGCCUGAUCGUGCGGCUGCGGGACGGCAGCGUGGCUGUUUCGGCGUCGGGCACCACCAACCUGCGCCAGGUCGUGCCCGCCAGCAACAUCUGGACUGUAGAGGUGGAGGAGGAGGCUCAGCUGGAUGCAACAGCAGCGGCGCUGCGGCAGCAAAGCGGCGUGGAGUAUGUUGAAUAUGACGGGCUGAUGUGGGCGGCAGACAGGAACCACAACCCACUGCUGAAGCCGCCACCCUCGCGGCCCAACGAUCCUUUCUACACGAAUGGAAAGCAGUGGGGCCUGUGGCGGCACCCCGACCUGGACAAGAACGUCAAGCCCAUGGGGCUGUUCCCCGUUGACGAUGCCGACAUGUAUGGCCACGGCACGCACGUGACAGGCAUCAUCGGAGGGGUGGGCAACAACGGGAUCGGCAUCGUUGGCACCGUGCCGCGCGCCCGCAUCACCGGCUGCCGGGCGCUGGACUCCGACGGCGUCGGCUCCGUGUCCGCGGUGGUGGCCUGCCUGGACCAGUGCAGGCUGUGGGGCGCCCGCAUCAUCAAUCUGUCUGUGGUGACCACCACACACUUCCAGUCCUUGAACGACACUGUGCGCUCCCUCACCCAGGACGGCGUCUUCCUCAGCUUCGCGGCGGGCAACGACGGCGACAGCAACGACGAGUAUCCCGUCUACCCGGGCAGCUACGGCCACCGCGGCGCGGUGACGGUCGCCUUUGUGACGCGGCAGCGCAAGCUGGAGGAGCGCAGCAACUUUGGGCGGCGCAGCGUGCAGCUGGCGGCCCCCGGGACGGGUAUCCUGUCCACGGUACUGCCCGGAUACUCCAGCAAGAACUACGACUGCGAUGAGGAGCCUAAGAACUGUUGUUCCCCCAAGGACCUGUACUGCUAUGAGGAUGGGACCUCCAUGGCAGCCCCCUUUGUCACAGGCGCCGCCUCCCUGGCGCUGACCGCCUCGGGAGGCAAGCUGACCAAUGUGCAGCUGGCCAAGCUGCUGGUGUCCACCUCCACCCCCAGCAUCUACCUCAAGGGCAGGGUGGUGUCUGGCGGCAUCAUCAACCUGCAGCAGCUGCUAGCUCCCUCCAAGGUCAACACGAUGAGGCGCCAAUUCGGAGGCGCCUUCACAGCGCCCGCGAAGGCUCUGCCUAGAUAUGAAAGCGCCGGGCAGAGAGUGCUCGUGCUGCUGGGUGCGCUAGCACCGGCUGUCCAGCAACUGUGCACAUUGGUUGCGGCCAAGGCCGCCGAGGCCACAGCCCAGCGUGACGAGCUGCUGGGCGCGUGGCAGCAGCAGGACAAGGCUGCUGCCGCUGAGGCCAACCAGCGCAGCACCGCCGCCCACGACGGCAUGGCCGUCUUUAGCAAGAUGCAGGCUUUCUUCACCAAGAUGGAGGCUGGCAAGGAAGCCAGCUACAUCGAGCACCUGCUGUCCGAGGUGGAGGCCGCCUGCAUCGACGCCCAGCUGCACGGCGUCACCGAGCGCUGGCUGGCUGGCAUGGCGCAGCUGGGCGACCGCUGGGGCGACGUGCUGCACACCGUGGAGGAUGUGCAGCACAUGGCCAUUGUGGAGCAGGUGCUGUGCACACUGCUAAUCCAGAUGCACGACCCUUGCACUCCCCCGGGUGGGACGACGCAGCUGACCUGGGAGCAGCAGGAACGCCAGCGCGCCGCAGCUGCAGCGUCAACUGUGGCAGACACCAACGCCAGCGCUACGGCGGCGUGCAGUGGCGGCCUCGACAGCGGUAGCGGCCGCACCCUCAAGUUCGAUGCGGUGCGGGUGCCUGCCGACCCGCCGCUGGUCGGCUUUGAGGGGCACCGCCAGCGCUGGCGUGAGCUGGUGGUGGAGGGCACCGAGAGCCUCGUGCACUGCGCCCAGGGCCUCGUGGACAUCAGGCAGGUGCAGCUUGAGGACAGCCUGGCGAUGCUGCUGGCCAAGCUGGAGGGAGCACUGCAGCGCUUCCACCAGGCUGCCCCCGGCGCCCCCCAGGAGGCGCGGGCUGAGCUGAGCAUGCAGGUGUAUGUGUUGCCGGGGCUGCAGCGCUUGGAGGAGGCCCGCCUGCUGUCCCUCACACUGUGGGCCUGCAAGGCCCAGGCGGCGGUGCUGGAGAUGAGCACCCUGCGCGGCCAAGUGCACACCGUGCUGCAGGCGGCGGUGCAGGGCAUGGUGCCUGCCGUGCAGCUGCAGACGCAGGGCAAGGAUGCUGGCUGCACGAGUGUUGCUGAGCUCGCCAGCGGCGUGGAUGAAGUGGCCAGCCUGCUGCUGGCGCGGCUGAUGCCGCGGCAGGAGGCCACGGCCAUCGCCGACCAGGUGGACAGGCCCAUAGAGGUGCUCAUCAGGCUGGGCUUGAGCACGCAGGAGGUGGCGGCGGCAGCUCAGGCAGGAGCGGAAACUGGCGUGGCCAGCCUGCAGCACUCCAUUGAGCAGCAGGCUGAGCAGCAGCGCAAGCUGCUGGAGGGGCAGGAGAUGGUGCUGGCGCAGCUAUCAAAGCUGGCGCACCUUUGCCAGCAGCAGCAGGGUGGCAACGGCACUAGCAGCACCCCCUUGUCUGGCCGCACCACGCCGCUCGGCAGCUAG